GUGUCGUCGUCGUCGUCGUUGUGACUUUUUAGACGACUGAGGGACGAAGCGGGGUUAAUGGUAGUUUCGAGACCGGCGAGGGGGAAGAGAGCGACACCCGUAGCUCCGCUUUGCCGCCGCAUUCUCGAGCGUUCGUCUCCGUUCGUCUCCUCGUACGGCAACCAAGCGAGCGAGUGCACGUCGUCGUGUCGCGCGCAUACCAUUAUUUCGUGUCUCGUGUUCAACCUAGAAUACGGUUUCUCGAGUAUACGCGUUCAUCGGUCAGCUAGCUAUACGUAAGCGGUGUGUCGGUAUCCAAUGGCGGUUACAUCUUGAAGCUCCUGUGAUUAACGUGCAAACGGAUUUUAUUGGGAGGCUAAAGUUUGUGGUAAAAAUAUCUGGCGUCCGAGUAACAUGCUCUUCUUUUUCUCACUGUUCCGCCUUUACGGCGCAUUUCUCAUCGUUCCCACGAUUUUUCAUGCUACGAUAAAUUGAAUACGUGUUGUUCACUGAAAUCCCGAAGCAAAUAAUAAUUCGCGACGAACCUUCUGUCGAGCUUCGCCGAUCCAUGGAGUUUGAAUUGUAACACUCGUGGAAAGGAAACGUGAAAGACCUGGUGAGAAGAGUAAUACUCGAGUGAUUUCUUGUGAGUGGAGUUGAAUUUUGCCUUCAGUGUUUUUAGCUCACUGAGACUAACGUUCAUAGUCUCCUGUGCCGAAUAUGCAAUAAAACUUCGACACUGUGCUGCGUUGUUUCGAUAAUAGUGCUUGUGAGAGAAAACAUAGAAACAGCAUAACAGUAGACAGUGCGAAAAGUGGAUGUGAGUGAUUCACUGUGUGGUAUAUUGCGUGACGACGACGACUCGGCGGAAUAUCAACGAAGUCGAACGACAAAAUGAUGGGGAAGAGGACGCAAUGCUAUCUGUGCGAUCUGCCCAGGAUGCCCUGGGCGAUGAUCACGGAAUUCUCAGAACCCGUGUGCCGCGGUUGUGUGAAUUACGAGGGUGCCGACAGGAUAGACGCGGUAUUGGAAUCUGCUAAACAGAUGAAAAAGGCACACGGUUUUCACGAGGCAAGAUCCUCAUCGUCCAAGGCGUACAGAACAUCCGGACACACCGAACACAACGGCGGUACCAAUUUGGACGUUCUGCCCAUACAGAACACCGGGCAGAACCAUUCGAGACAUCAUAAUAUCACCGGUUACUCUCAGCUUCAUCAUCGAAACUCCAUCACAGAGUUCAACUCUGGUACAUCGAGGCAGCAGAUAUCUCGGCAACACGAGGACACGCACGAACAAAUCGCAAACGGCAUGAGGAGUAAUAACGUGAGAAUACCGAACGCCCACUUAACCGCGGUGGCACAUCACGUGAAUCUCAGCCACAACAGAGGUAUCGCACAACUCAAGCGGGGUAUUUCCACUAUCGACGAGGACGAGCACGUGGAGAAGAAGCUAUCGUUGGAGGAACAGCAUACAGUCAGGCCGCCAUUGACUAGGGGCGACUCUUUGCCAGCUGUUAGCUUGGCAGUCAACUAUAUUCAGGAUCGUCUAAGCAAGGAAAAGCAUCCUGUGAGAGCAACCAGUUUCGAAACGGCCACUACGUUCAAAGCUAAUGGAUCGUACGUCGGUCCGUCUAUUCCACUGGCACCAGGAAAUGUGGCAACAAACGGCGGAGGGUCUCCUCUUCGACCGCGAACAACCCCUCCGCCACCGCCGCCACCAACUCAGGAAGCCACCAACGAUUCACAGUCGAAUCACCAUCAGAGUUCGGCGAAUGGUCCGUCACCUAUGGCCGCACUCAUGUCCGUUGCUGACAACUUGGCGUCACCGGAAUCAGUGCCACAACCAUCGAAUAAUCCAAGCCCCACUAGCAGAAGCCCACCGACCACGACCACGAAUGUCCAACAACGCAGUGCCUCCAGAGGAUCGCAGCACAGCCCAAAUAGUUCAGGAGCUUCGGGCAGGAGGUCCAGUGGUUCGAGGCACGUGUCAUCGACGACCGUGACGACGCCACAGGAAGCGUUGGUCGCUCAGGGUGCUGGAGCCGAGCAAGUGUCGGCACCUAUAUUGAAAUGCACUCUCUGCCAAGAACGGCUCGAGGAUACGCAUUUCGUACAAUGCCCCAGUGUGCAACACCAUAAAUUCUGCUUCCCGUGCAGCCGUGAGAGUAUAAAGAGACAGGGCGCAGGCUCAGAGGUUUAUUGCCCAAGCGGCGAGAAAUGUCCACUGGCAAACAGCCAAGUGCCAUGGGCAUUCAUGCAAGGCGAGAUAGCCACCAUUCUGGGUGACGAUUCCACUGGCUCCGGGCUUAAAGUAAAGAAAGAGAGAGAGACUUAAAAGUUCUCUAGUUUGUUCUAAACGGGGCUUCAAUUUUGCACCCUCUUUUGAAUAGAGGGGUUGGUCAUUUUGGUGGAACCGUGAAGGUUCACCAAAGAAAAUGCAAAAUACUUUUUUGGUAACGGUGAUAGAAUGUUUUGGCGACGAAUACUGCCAAAUACAUUGUUCGAUUCGAGCCAAAGACGUUGUCGGUGUAAAUUUGGAAUUAAUAAUCGUAUGAAGAUGUUGAAGUUGUUGUCGGGGAAAGUGGACGGUUCCUUUUUCCCAACGAGAUGGAUGCGUUCUCGCUGGAUUGCUCUAUUCACCGGUGGAAACCGAUUGUCUGUCGAUCGAUCGGGUGUUUUUUUUCUCGCUCGAUCAAAUUGUUUUGAUUUGGUCUUGAGAAGAAGUCUUUGGCAAUUUUUGACACGCUGGCAUCGGCUUGCACGCGCGCACGUACAUACACGUGCGCGUGCAUAUAAACCGGAAUCAUAUCGCAGAAUGGUUAAUGCGCGAGAAUAACGAAAGCGAAAACGCGUUUUUUGUCGAAUAUAUCGCGGAUCGAUCUUAGAGAAGAAACCGCGGAACAGAUCUGUUGUUUCCGGUUUGGGUUUGUACUUAGGCUCGAUGGCCUCUCUUUAUUGUUUCUUGUACGGCGAACUAUGUUUUCGCAUUUUUUUCAAGUUCAACAAACAUACAGAAAAGCGUGUAUGUUUCAUGUACCAUCCACACACACACACACACACACACACGCGCGCGCGUGCGCAACACGCAUGCGGGCACCAUUUGCUUUAUAUCAAUACACAGACACGUUAAACAUAUAUAUAUAUAGAUACACAUACACUCACACACAACAGAACGUACAUGAUACUGUAGAAAUUGGACGGUUGUAUGAUAUGUACUUUAUUUCUAUUCACGCUUGUCGCGUGAUCGCGGAUUAACCGAAGUUCGAGAGUUUCAGUCUUCGGAAAAUUUCGUAAAGGAAAAUCUGUCAGCCGAGUCGACCCGAUGGGAAUCGUCCUUUUCUAAUCUUUUAUUUCUAUACUCUUUCUACUACUACCAUACCACUCGUUGUACGAUAAACAAACAACAUAUGGCGGAUAUAUUUGGACCCAGCGUACGGGUUAUCUGUACAGUGUGUGUAUAUGUGUACAUACCACAUUAUUAGUAAAAGUUAUGAACGGAAGGAGUAACCAUUUUUAAAUGUACAAAAAGGACUUACAUUCUCGUUUGCGUAUUAAUAUCUAUUAAAUUAUUUUUUCUUUUUCUUUAUUCUCGAAUUAUUAUAAGAUUAAAAAAGGCACACCGCAUAUCUAAUGAAACUACGUUGUUGUGUAAUAUAUUCGAACGUAAUUUACUUUUUUUUUUUAAUCCUAUCUUUAUUAUUUCUUCUUUGUGAAAUAUCUUUUGCAACACGUCUGGUAGUAUCCGAGAACACAUACGAGAUGAGAGCGAGGUCGUUCUUUAUCCAGUGAUUCAUUAAUAAGAAGGAAAAGCAACAAAGAAGAAAAGAACGGAUCGAUAUCCGAAUUGUGUAACGUCCACUUUCACCUUUUAAUUAAUCGCUAGACUUUAAGUGAGAGGGCCUUUUGGUUUUUCAUUUCGCCGAUGAAAAAAGUGACGCCCGUCAAAUAGGAACCAUACACUCGCUAUUGUCUAAAAAAAAAGAAAACGUUUCAAAGAUAAAGAGGAAUGGAAAAUAAAUGAAAAGAAAAACCCGAAUAAACCCAAGCAUAUUGUUCUUUCUAAGCUGGGCGUCCAAAGAUCUUCUCGCGGUUUUGACGAGAAGACAAGUACACGGACGCCGGGCGCAUGGCUUCUUUUGUAUAUAUUUGUACAAAACGAUCGGCACACACUAGACGAAAAGAACGGUGAACUCAUCAUUCGCUUCUGUCUUCUAUGAGCUUCGCAAUCGUCAUUGAACGAUGCUAAUUUCUGGCGGAACUUAAGGUGUCAUCGUUCCUCUUGAUCGAAACGGCGCUCUUUUUUCGAACACAUAAAACACAUACAACUCACCUCGAUUUAGCGUGUGAAUCGAUCGAGGCGACCGGUGUAUGUAGAGGCUAUCUGCGUAGCAUAAGCAAACUUAUGUACCGAAGUAUCGUGCAAAAUUGAUAACGAGUGUGAAUACAUACAUAGCGGGUGAUAAAAGAUAAAUAAGAACGAGAGUGAGUGAGAGAAUAAUAGAGAAGGCCGAGAUAUUAGAAAGAGCACAAUUGAUUGUAGCAAUACUUACAGAGGCUGUACAUGGUAUAUUUUAAGUACGAGGCAGGUAGUUCCUACCUUCGAAGAUUCAUUCGACCGAUUGCGGCACUCAUUCAAAACAUUUCUCAGUCUGUUUGUAAAUGAAUAAUUUAAUCAAAUGUGAAGAUCGAAAGCGGAUAAAGAAGAAGAAAUUGAAUGCCAGAUUUUUUACGCAGAUACGACCUCUUAUUUUCUGUUCCUUAUUGCAACCAUACGAUUUUGCAAACUGCAUAUGAAUAUUCUUUUCUCUGUUUCAACAAUUCUGUCAAUUGUUACAAGGAAAUCCGAAGUCUCUGUACCUUCUCUAUAGAUUGACAUAAAAUAUUGAACGAAAUUAUUGCGAUUUCUUUAAUUGCUAUUGAUUGAAGAUCGUUACCUUUAACUCUUUGCACAUCGAUGUCUAUUACCUUUUUCCAUAAUAGCUUUUGUUUACUGUAUUAUAAAAUGAAACUCGAAUCGUUAAUGAUAUAAAGAGAACUUAAUUUUUGAAAGAUGAGAUUAAUUUAUAUAGUGCAAAGGGUUAAAAACGUUCACUGAAAUUCAUUAUGAUAAAAAUAAUAAAAUAGUACAUGUUUGUGUUAUACUUUUAUUCAGUUGUGUGCGUGCAUAUCGGUCGCCUAAGUACCGAUUACCGGAACGUUCAUAAAGUUUAUACUUUUCGUAUUGUUCUUGCGCGUGAUCGUUUAACGAUUGCUCAAUUUCCGAAAGUAUUUUGGGACGAUGAUUUGUGUAACAAGAAAGAUUUCUGUUUCGCUUUUUGCAUGGGGUCGAGUAAAAUCGAGAUUGCACAAAACUGUACAUUUUAUGAUCGUUAAGACGCAGUUCUUGGAAUAGUCGCAGCAUUUAAAAAUUCUUAUCUUGCGUUGUAUGUUUCAUCCAACUUGACUGUCUAUGAUUAAAACUGACUUUUCUGAUGAAAACGUCCAUUUUUCUUUUUUCUUUCUACUUUUUGCUAAUAACGAACACGCGCAAUUCUUUCCUAACGACGAAUACGAACACAAAGAGGAAAAAGAUAAGCGAGGUCAUUGCAAACAGAGUGUGUUACUUGUCGUUCGUUCCGUUUUAUUUUGAACAAACGAUUCUCUCGUCAUAGUUAACACAGCAGACGUAAAUACACAAAAAGAAGCGGACGUAACGAAGUAAAAAUGCGUCGAAUAGCAAUUGUAGUAGUGAAUAAUGAAAAUUUUCUAGUAUACCAUACCUCGAGGAACGCGUAAACAAUGUACUGUUUAUCGUAUGUAUGCAACAUGCAAAAGCAAAAAUAUAUGUGUUGAUGUGUAACAAC